AUGGAGCCGCUAGGGGGCUCUCAAUCGCCAGUGGCGUUCUCGGAGUUCCCGGAGGAUGUGCAGAUGUGCAUACUCUCCUUCCUCCGGCCCGCCGAUAUCGCGGUCUUCGCGUGCACCUCCCGGCGAUUCGCCACCCUCUGCGGAGAGGAAAGGCUGUGGUUCGCCAUGUGUGAUCGCCGAUGGGGGUCCAAGACUCUGAUCCGGUGUUGGGGCGGUGAUGGCGGAAGCGUCCGGUUCCCCCUUCUGUACAAGGUGUUGGAUCGGUGGGAGAAUCUGAUCGGCUUCUGGCGGCGGAUUGGCCGAGGGGACGACGGGACACCGCCGCUCGUCUUCUUCGAGUGGGGAUCGUCCUUCAUCACCGGAUCCAGGGUCUCCCCUUCAUCGGAGCCCGGGAGCUAUGACGUGGUCAAGAUUCCGUUCCUCUGGAUGAGCCUCUCGCCGCGUGGCGAUCCGGUGAGCUUCGUCCAUCCCUCUUGCAGACUCGAAUCGUCAGGUUGCCUCAAGAAACCGGCAUCGGGAUCUGGUUUCUCUGAUUCGGAUUUGGUUCCCGUGACGGUUUGUUUCAUGGGGGAGAACCAUUUUGUGGUGGACGAGAACCGGGGACAAUAUGCCGGUGCUCACAUAAUUGACGAAUUCGGGAGUUGUGAUGAUUUAACCAGCCUAGAGGCGUCUUCGCCUCCUGAGAGACUCAUGGCGGAGAUAUAUCAAUACUUCGCCAACCGGAUCAGCCCCUGUGGAGACAAAUCUUUCAGGAAGCAGAAGAAGAAAAGAGGAAAGGACCGCCUCGGGAGGAGGAGAUGGGAGGCUGAGCACUUUGUGAGGAUAUCCGAUUGUUAUCCCACUCCAACGCGACCUCUCCAGGGCCUUUGGAAGGUAUUAGCUCUCCCUCUUCUUCUGAUGUCUCCUUUUUCUUUAACUUCAAUAAUCUCAAUAAUAUGAAGAUCAGCUCGAUCGUAGUCCCUUUUCUCGAGCAUUUCGAAGUGAACCAGAUUUCCUAUCUCAGGGGAUCUGUGAGAACAUGAACUUGGACUUCUAUCUCAUUACGUACGAUGAUGUGGGAGGUAUAGCUUGCCGAAAGGUUGGUGAUGCUUCUGAACCUUUCUCUGGUUAUUCUCCUGUGUUCUGGACCUCAAACAUGCCAUUUCUUGAGCACCCUUUCUCCAAAGAAGAAGAGGAUAUCUAUGAUGGGAGGGAACACAUCCAGCCCCUCUCUACAAAUUGCAUUGGCUCAGCAGGAGUUAUCUCACGCGUCCUCUGUAUAACCUGUAGUUAUGAUUUGGUCGUUCCAGAUUCAUCUGGCUCAUCUGUAAAUCCUAAGAAUGUAGAGGGUAGGGUAUGGGAAUAUAACACUGGGACCUUUGGAUUUGGGUUUCUCCGAAAUGGUCAUAUUAUUGAUUUGAAGCACAUUGCUGUAAAUGGAUGCCUUCUUGAUACUGUGGAGCCUCCAUGUAAUGGUUCUUGUUCAUAA